CUUGAACAAUGGCCGAAAAUACAAGAAAGCAGCAUUUACCAAGUCAAAGACUAUAUCUAAAGCAACGCGUUGAAGACUUUUCUGGYUACACCACUCUCCAUGGAGCUCACUUUGUUAUCGGRCGUGACAGAGGGAUCUUYCGUCGAAUUUUCUGGUUGUUAAUGAUCUURACAGGCUUGGGAUUCUUGGGAAGGCAACUUGUAGAAAGUUUUAAAAAGCUACAAGCGAAGGAACAUGUUAUAACUAGAGAGAUCAUUUCCAACGACAAACAAAUUUUUCCAGCGAUCACCCUAUGUAAUGCCAACAUGAUGAAGAAAUCUAAAAUCAACGGCACAGAUGCACAGGUUUAUUUGGACCAAGUGAACGUCAUCAAGCGACAUUUUUCUCCCAAUUCAUUUCCAAAUAAGACGUUAAGCAGUUCGUUUGAUAUCAAGAAAGCUGUUUUGAAGUAUGGCCACACUAUAGAAGAUAUGAUAAAGGUGUGCACAUGGGACGAGGAAUUAUGCAGCGUCUUAAAUGUCAACACUGUGACACGGUUUUCACCAAUUUAUGGCCUUUGCCACACAUUCAAUUCAGGACGAGAYGRUCAUCYCCUUCUCUUCUCAUCAUCCAUUAAACGAGUCCGUGGCCUACAUUUAAUAAUUGAUGUAAACAAAGAUGAAUAUUAUGGGAUUACGAGCUACUUUAAUACAGGAAUACGAAUGCUAAUCCACGAUCAAGAUGAGGAACCCAUGGUAGAGAUSGAUGGCUUCGAUCUUAUGCCAGGUCACAUGACAACAAUAAAAAUCCGAAGGGCAGAAUACAUCAGUCUUCCGGCUCCAUACAAGUCAGCAUGUAGAAGCAAAGAGCUUCAGACUUUCAAGGAUUACACGCAAAGCAGGUGUGUGAUGGAAUGCAACACACGUAGAAUAAUCCAAAGAUGUGGUUGCAGACUCCUGGGAACGCCCAACCUUCCAGAAUUUAAUGGUACAACGUACUGCCGCCCACAGCAGCUAACCAACUGUCUCAUUGAUGAUGAUGGCAUUGAUGAUGAUGGCAUUGAUGAUUCAACGGAAUCGCCGGAAGUACAACAGAGAGAAUUUACAAUAGAAACUAUUUUGGGAAAACAUUUCACAACAUUCGGCGGUUCUUUCACCAGCAACAAUCCUGAAAAAGAMUGCGACUGCCCAAAGCCAUGCAAGCAAGUCCAAUAUAAAAUUGAACAGUUCAACCCAGUGGCCUAUGCUUUGUCCGGGUCAUUUUGGGAGGACUUCCGUGCAAUAUCCUCGUUUCUUUAUCCGACCAAGAAYGAACUCGAACGAAGGACAAUCGUUGAUGAAGUUAAACAUGGCAUAGCAAAUAGUUACCUCGGUGUAGUCAUACAUUUUGAUAAACUCCACACGUUCAGAACUGCUGAAAUAGAAGCUUAUGACUUGAAUGCAUUUGUAUCUGACGUUGGAGGCUAUCUUGGUCUGUUUUUGGGAUGCAGUAUUCUUACAAUCAUCGAAAUAUUUGAUUUCAUCGUAUGCUAUUGCUUUGGCAGACGAAGAGCUAGGUUCGAAGUGGAGCAAGUCAGAGAGGCAAAUGAAAGAAUGUAGUUUACAGUACAUAAGGCAGAACUUUGAAACAUUUCUAGACUCUAUAUUCACAUGGCAAAGUACGAUGCUUUGUAUUUGUAUUUGAAGAGUCUUUUAGAGUGUCACAUCAUDAAGAAGAAAAAUUUGCCGAUGAGUCGUUCAUCUUACAUAACCACCAUUUAAUCAAAUGUAACACAAGCUUAUACAGAAUAUGUUAUAAUUUAAUUUAUUAGCUUUGUCCCUAGUAUGGGCAGGGAAUCGAACCCGGACCACAGCGUUGAGAGACCAGCAGCUUAACCACUAGGCCACCCGUGCCACCCAGUAUACAAAACGACGAAGCGAUUUCCGGAACGCGCAAAUUGAUUGACAGGAAUAUUUAACAUGACAUUGACGAAAGACAAACACUUUAAAGUUUACAAAAACUUCACUUGCUCACAGUUGGAUUGUUGGAAAAAAUAAUUAGAGUAAGCCAAAUAUUGGACAUUAAAAGUUCAUUGCAUUUGACAACCAAAUUUUGUGCUGGUUUACCCACAAUCUGGCUGAGACUAGCCUCUUUUGCAGCCUUUAUUGGAGUCAGACAACACCUAGAAUUAAUGGCUGCAAUUAAAGAGGCUGAAGAACAUCAUAUUUUCUGUUAAUAGGAUUUUUUUGCUUGCCGUAAGAUCAAACAGCAACAUUAGUAUUAUUAUUAGUAGAUAAUAUGGGAUAGCACUAAAAACAAAAAUAAAAUAUUGAGACCUUACAACAAUCAUCAAAGUACUGUAAUGCAAUGAAAAUCGUUUUCAUUAAUUCACAAGACUACACGAAAUAAAACUCCUUGCAAAUCACUGCAGUUCUGUAAUGUCAGAAAGUCUUUAAUUGAAGACUGGCUUACACAAUGAUAGUAACAGAUGACUUUACCAGGAAUCCAUUACUUGUGAUGGUAUUUGUGUACAUAUAUAUGACAGAAAGGAUUUAUAUAUAAUAACGAAGAGGCAAGAUUAGACAGUAUUAGGGAUCCAGUAUUACAGAAGUGAAUUAUGCCACAUGAAGAGUCCUACUUUCAGGCUCCAUUUAGUUUGAUAUGUGAAUUCAGUGGCAUGGGCCUCUUGAGUGAACUAUCACACCACAUAAAAUAGAUUUACAUGGCAAUAUUGUUCAAAAAAGAUGUCAAGGCUGAACAAUGACAAGACUUUCAGUUUACUUGCUCACCCUUGGGUGCCCAUUGGUGAUCUUCUAUCACCACAGAAGACUUCCCUGGGGU